CGCCUGGAUGCGCACUUGACGUCGGCGUCACUGUCUGAGUAGCCGGACACAGGCGUCGCUCAAACAAAAUUAGUCAUCCGCCGGCCUGUAUGAAGCAACGUUAUUUUUGAUCUAGUUUUAAACCCUUUAUUCAACUAUAUCCUAAAGUAGAAACGGUAGAACUGGAAAGGUAAUAGGAGAUAAACCAUCGCAAAAUGUCUAAAUCACAAGUAGCUAUUCCCGAAAAUAAGACUGUGGCGUUAGGAGAAGGCAACAGGGAAGAAGAAAUUGAAGAAACGGAAGAAACCACGCUGUCAGAGAGCCACAAAGACCUCGGCCACACUCAAGUAUCAGAAAAGAAAGCCACAUUCGAUAGUACAAUCAACAAAUCCGUGAUAGAAGACAAUAAAACUCAACAAAUACACUCAACCAAAAAUGUCCAGCAGUCGGAAAGCGUCGAAGUUUCAGAAAAUAAAAAGACAGUAACAGAAGCAUCUCAAGUUCCCAUUUCUAAUUUAGGAUACGAAUAUGUGAGUCCAGUGAAAAUUUUUGAACCUCUACAACCAUUCGCGCCAUUAUCAUUUGAUCUACCACAAUCAUUUGAAUUAGUUAGACAAGCGAAUUGCACAUUACAAAAACAAAACUCUGACAAAGAAAACCAAAAUUUUAAUAGAGAAAAUGAAAAGAAAUUGAUUAUACCUGAACUAAAGAUAGACUCACCCACAAGCACUGAACAAAUAAAAAAACAAGAAGAUGAGGAAAAACUAAAUAUAUAUGAUUCUCAGAAAGAAACUAAAAUACCAAAAGUUGAAUCAGCAGUAUCCCAAAUUUCACAAGUAUCAUCUAUUCCUGAAAUAACAAAAAUUCAAGAGAAUAGGGAAACAACAGAAGCUCCAAAAUUACCAGAAUUACGGUUAUCUUCGGAGCCAUCAAGUUUAUCGAACACGAAUAUUUUUGAAAAACUGGGAUACACACCUGUUCAGCCUUUAGCACCUUUGGAUUUGAAUUCACUAUUCUCCUCCGUGCAUAGUCAACAAAACGGUACGAAAUCUGAAAUUAAAGAUGGAAAUAUAAGAAAUUCACUGAAAGAAAUAAUUUCGGACUUGGACCAAUACGUAGAGAAAAACGAGGCGGCUAGAAGAUAUUCAGAAGGAAUCAAUUCCUACUCCAAAAAUGAGCAGGAUGAAAAUGCACCUCCAAAACCACCAAUUAAUUUGGAAAAAAUAUUCACUCCAGCAGAUGGAGAGCAAAUCAAACCUACUAAAAGCCGUAAGGUGUUUGCAUCUUCUGCAUUUUAUGAAAAAGGUUUCCAUCCAACUAUUGAGGAUCAGAUUAAGCUAGCUCACAGAAUAUCCAGUUCUUUGUCAGACAUUAGUAAUAAGAGUAGCAAAGGACAGUCGAUGUAUGUGAAAAGAAUGAAGAGAUCAGUCAAAUGGGUGCAUGAAGGAGAAGGUCGAGGAGGUUUUAACGGCCAAGAGCUAAACAGCUGCAAUGACAAACCAAAAGAUCCUAUCAAGCUGGUUAUGAACCCGCAUGGACAGGUUCAUGACAUAAAUUCUUUGAGAAAACAAGGUUACAACGUAGACACUGCGUUACUCUCGCCAGAAAUCGCUCAAGAAAUAGUAAAAGGGCUCAAUUCUCCCAAAGGAAAAGGAGCAGAAUUAUUUGCGAAACGACGUAAGCGAUCUGAAAAGUGGGUUGUGGGUGAAACAAAUGGUACAAGACAAACUCCAUCAGCUACAGAAAUACCCCCUACGCCAGUGCCAUUAUUAUCUCCAUUAACUCCCCUACCAUCGGUGAAUCUACCAACACCUAGCUACUUACCAGAAACAGUUGAAAGACUCCAGCAUAAACAGAAAUUGGACGGUAUUCAGGAAAAAUUCAACCGUCCUCGUGUGAAGCUUGUAAAAUCCCCUUGGGACGCUGCUUUAGAAACGGGUUCUGUUGAUGCAGCAUUCGUAGAAGAGCCAACGUGGCCAACUAAAGGAAAUUACGUGGCUCCUGCUGUUAACUCUUACGAAUCAGCUUUAAAGAACGACAAUCUUGCUAAUUGGAGUAUUCCAAAAUCUAGUGAUCAGAAAAUGUACGCACAGAAUUCUAAUUACAACAGUAGCAGCAUCAAUAAAAUAAUUGAUAAUUAUCAAAAAGGUGGAAGUAAUGUGGAUGUUUAUAAACCUACUUUACCACAAGGAUGGGCUACUCAUAAACAAUUCGGUAGCCAUAAAUACUGUCAAAUCACGACUAAGAAAGUGUCUUCAUCUCAACGAGUAAGUGAAACAAGACAAACAUCAAUGGCUGCAGUAGCAGAUUCAGAUAUUUCUUCUGUAAAAACAGAUAAAUUUCAAACCAAGUCCGAGACAAUAUCAGAAAAAGAACCUCAGUUAUUAAACCAAACUUUGUCAGAUGAUCAAGAGCUUAUUAAUGAUUCAUCUGAUAGUUUCUGCACACUACAGGAUGAACCAAAUUGGGAUUUUAGUAAUGACGAGAAUAAUGUUGACUCAGCUCCAAAAACCGAAAAUGUUGGAGAAAAAAAUAAGGAUAUACAAUCUAAAAGUGUUCCAUACAAAAUACCAAAUAUAUUUACUUAUCUAGAUCAAUCUAAUGAUACCGUUAUCUACCGACCAAUGAGUCCCGUACCACUAGGAAGUAAACCUCAAGAACCUAUUAAAAAAGUCCCAGAAUUUAGCUAUGCUUUGUCAGAUCCCACUGCAAAGGUAUUAGAGAGUAGUUUCACUAGCUCAUCAGCUGCAAAUGCUAGAUCAUUACAGUCAGAAAUCUUCGAAAGUCAAGGUCACUUCAAUGCAAGUAGAUCGUGUUCCCCUUUCCCCAUUUAUGUACCCAAAUAUGAACCUUCUUCUUCUCAGAUAACAGAAAACAUCCCACAGGUUGAAGAAAAAUCUUCAGCGAAAAUUAUUAUUGAACCUGCGACUCCUAAAGAUCCCAAAUAUGAAGAGCAUAUGAAGAAAGUUGCUUUGUCCUCGAGUAAAGAUAAAGAAAAAACGAUUAUGUUGCAAAAGGGUUGUUUCAAUGAAUUAAAAGAGAAAAAAAUCAUUAAAAAUCAGAGAACCCUGGAAGAAUUUUCAGGACCUAUUCAAAUUGUUGAUGGAGGAGUUGAUAACAAUAGCAAUUUUGUUAAAAACAUUGAAACGACAUCAAAAAAUGUUGAGGCAAAUGUAGAAGUUGUAAAAUCUGAGACAGUUAUGACAUCUAUCAAGGACUCCGGAAAAAAUGAAAACGGAGGAAAGUUGUCUCCGGAAAAAAAUAUGGAAGAGAGUGAACCAAAAAGAAUUUCACCUCCUAAAAAUAACGAAAUGCCUAAGAAGUUUAGAAAACCACCAGAAACUAUAAUAGGAGCGAAACCAGUAUUCGGUCAAAUAGACAACAACGAAUUUCAAAAAGCUAUACUUGGAAGACAACAAUCUAUCAAAGCCAAACGUUCCAGACAAUCUGCUGCGACUAAAAGUAAUUUAGAUGAACAACCAAUUCAGAUUGACAAAACCGAAUUUCGAUCGGAAGAUAUAACUAAGUCUAAUGACGCAGAAUCUAAAAUAAAAGUAGAAAAAACUCAAAUUAAUAAACAGCAACAAGUGACGGAAAAAUCAAAAUUAGCAACUGAAAUAAAAAGGACAGAAUUAGCAGAAGUAGAAAUGAUGUAUCCAAGCGAAAAUGAGGAAAUUGAAAAAAUUAACUAUGCACAAGAAAGAGAAAUUCAUAUAGAUUUUCAAAAAAUAGGCGACGAAAUCGUUUUUCCUGACGUACCAUUGGAACCACAAGCUUUCAGCUGUUUUCAAGAAUUCAUUCAAAAUCAAUAUCAGGAACAAAUGCAGUCAACAAAUUUAAGCGUGGAUGGUAAUGAUGAUCAGGAAGAAUAUAGAAAAAUUCCCGUAAAAUCACUCAUACAAAGUUUCGAACAAUCUUCAAUGCCAAAUUUAAAAUACAAACAAAUUAAAGAUCCCCUUCCAGAUGUAGUUGAAAAAUUCAUUCCCUAUAAUCUGAGUGGCUCACGAUCUCUGGAAUCAUUCAGCAACUCUAUCAAUAAUAAAUUAGAAACAAGUCAAAGUGAUCAUACUCUGGUUAAAUCGAAAGAUAUGGUUGAAACGUCAAGAGAAAUGUCUGCUACCAUGUACCACGUUGCUAACGUUGAAGUUAAGAGUCAAUACUUUCCUCCUGACCAAAGCAGAAUGCAGCUUAUUGAACCAUCGGAGAAUAGCUCUUUUUGUAAAUAUAUUUCACCGUCUUCAUCAGUUGUAACCAAACUAAAUUCUACAUUUCAACCCAUCCAUAGCUACAGUAAUGGCUGCGAUGAAGGAUCAAAUACUUUGCCAAGAACAAAAGCAAAAACUGCUGUAUUAUCGCCAACUUAUAAAGCUCCAACGAGUCCUUCUGUUUUCGUUCCGAAAGAAAAUCCGUUAUCAAAUUACUACACGUCAGAAUCGGAUUCGAGCUACAGCUACCAACCGACAUUACAAAUAUCCGAAUCAAAACCUAUCAAGAAGAUAGACCUUAACAACCUCCAAAACUACAACGUGGCACCAAAGGGAUGGACAGAGGCCAAAAAUUAUUAUAAACCACUAAACUUUUUACAACCUAAAGAAAUGUACUCCGACUUUUAAUUAUUUCACUAUUUCGUGUUGUUUGUAUUCGUUUUCUUUUUUUUUUUUUUGUUUUAGUGGGUUAUGACGUGUUGUUGAUAUUUUAAUAAGGCACAAAUAUGCACGAGUUUGCACUAUUAUUUAAAUAAAUAUUAUACAUAAAAACUACUGAAUGUUAAAUCUUUUUAUCAAAUCUAUAACAAGAAGCGAAUAAUAAGAAUAUAUGUAAUGCUGAUAAGAACAGUACUAGUCCAGUUCACAUGCUGUCAAGGAUAAUAGAGAGAACAGAAAAAUAUUGGACUAGAUACAAUGUUUCUACUAAUCGAUCAUUUUCGAUUUAAUGAGGAAAUGGAUUUGUAGUAUAUAUAUAGAGAUAAAAAUGAUUCAACCCUAUUUGUUUCGCUUGUUUGAUUUACUUUAUUUGUUGACCUGUCAAUUGAAAGGUGGUUAGCUACCUUGACGUAUUGUGAAUAUAACAUUCCACUUAAGGUCUACAACAUCAGCGUCCGCGACCUCUGGAAUUUGAAUUCCACUAAUGUAAAACGGUUGUGAACGUUAUAGGUGGAACGCAUAUCUGUCACUGUACUUACAAUAUAGCGAAUUAAUGAGCACAUGUAGAUUAAAAUGAAUAUUCCGCGUAGAAUAGGGUAAAAUCCAAAUCAUAUUAAAAUUUUUAUCAAAACUGACUACAUUUACUUUCCGCUGCAACAUUAGAUUCGGGAUAACUAACAAUGACUGGGUUUGUUGAUAUUGUUGGAAUUGUCACCACGUUUUUAUGAAAGCCCGUUAUAACCCUUCAAUAUUUUAUGGAGUACAUAAUGAGUACGACGUGGUCGAGAACAGUGACGUCAUCUGUAACGUCAAAUGAACGAUGUCAACGACCUUAGGGGCCUUAGAUGAAGGGAUCCAAAGGGUGUUAUGAUUGUUGUGGACGUUAAGUGGAUUGCCAUCAUUGUUAUUGGUAGUUUUACGGUUAUUUUUCGAAAAUAAUUAGUACAAAAUGCAUAAAAAUUUGAGGUCCUCACUGAUCUAAAAAAAUUUACUUUGUAUUAAGAGCAUCACUUCUAGUGAUAUUCACUAAAUAGUUAUUAUGCUUUACUUAUUAUACUCGUUAUACAAAUUUUGUUGUGACUUUUAUGGGAAAUAAAGGUUUAAAACAGUAGAA